AUGGUAGAAGAGAUGAUUGUGGGCUUCGAGGACAGGACAGAAGAAAUUGCAAGAAAGCUUCUUGGAGGACCAAAAUAUCGCCAGGUUAUUUCCAUCGUUGGAAUGGGUGGAAUUGGCAAGACAACUUUAGCAAAGAAAAUAUACAACAAUUCCAAUGUUCGGUAUUAUUUUGAUUGGAUUUCUUGGUGCGUUGUUUCUCAAACUUAUAAAAAGAAAAAGUUGUUGGUUGACAUUUUGAGCUCUGCUAAUAACCUUAAAAGAGACAAAAUUUCUGAAUGGAAAAAACGAGCGCUGGCCAAAAUUUCCGAAUGGAAAAAACGAGCGCUGGCCGAACACCUUUAUAAAAAUCUAAGGGGAAGAAGAUACCUCAUUGUUAUGGAUGAUUUAUGGGAUAAAAAAGCAUGGGAUGAUUUGCAAAGGUCAUUUCCAGAGGAUGAAAACGGAAGCAGAAAGCUAUUUAAGAAAGAACGUUGCCCUCAAGAGUUGCAAGAUAUUGGAAAGCAAAUUGCAGAAAAUUGUCAUGGACUUCCGCUUUCAGUCGUCACGGUUGCUGGAGUUCUUUCAAACAUGGAGAAGAAAGAAAGCUUAUGGCAACAAGUCGCAGAAAGAUUAAGUUCUUACAUAUCCCAAAAUGCCGACGACUACAUUCCUUCAUUGAAACUUAGUUACACGCAUUUACCAAAUCACUUGAAGCCAUGUUUCCUUUAUCUUAGUGCAUUCCACAAAGGUGAGGAAAUUCCAGUUCGGAAGCUAUUGUUACUAUGGAUAGCGGACGGAUUCAUAGAGAAAAAGGAGCACGAGAUCUUAGAAGAUGAAACACAGGAGUAUCUAACGGAACUUAUUAACAGGAGCCUGCUGCAAGUUUCCGUUAGAAGAUCUGACAAUGGAGUAAAAGCAUGUAUUGUUCACGAUCUAGUACUUGAUAUGUGCUGGAAAACAGCUGAAGAAGAAAUUUUUUUUGUUUCAACAGUAAGUUAA